AUGCCUAUACUUGCCUGCCUUGCCCUGGUUUUACCAGUGACUGAGGCCCUUAGCCGAAUUGAUUGUACAAGCUUCACCCUCACACCAAGUGAAGAUAGAAUGGUUGCGAUGUAUUGUACUCGUAGUGCUGUCAUAAGCAAUCAGAUUGUCUUUGGUCACCCAGGUGACAACCAUAAAUUCUUGGUGUGUACUGAUGUAUCUGCUGGUUGUAGUGGAACAUGUCAAAAUGGUGCUGUUUUUGACAAUAUAGCAAAAAGCUGUGGAUCUGCACCUGUUUCCUGUACUCUACCCAGUGGUGCAGAUCCAAAUAUCCCAUUACAACCCUUGGAGCCAAUGAUUACAAAUCCAUGCAAUCAAGCAGGAUUAAGAACAUGCUUUUUGUUCAAGCAUAACAUGAAAAACAGGUUUAUUAUUUGUGAUCGAGCCACAACAACUAAUCCAAAGGUUGGCCAAUGUAUGAACGGAUUUAUAUUCAACUUUAAUCGCCAAGUCUGUGAAAGUAGUCAAGACCAUAUUAUUACAUGCGGGAGAAACGAAGUCAGCACGCAACUUGCUAUUUUCUUCUUGAUCGUCGUCAUUAUCGUUAUGCAGUUGAAACUGGAUAGUACCUAUCUCCGUGUUAUCGGGGGAAUGUCCCUCGUUUGGCUUUUGAUCAUUUCCAGGGGACAAAAAGUUUGGUACUACAUUGAUUUAAUUUUAUCCGUCCUCGCCGGCUGUGCAUUCCUUAUACUUGCACCCCAGUUUCUCAGGUCCCAGACAGAUGUCCAUAUUGAUACUGUUCACUUGUUUAUGAUCCGAUCGUUUGGGAUUGUGCUCAUCGGCUCGGCUUACUUGUGGUGGCAGGUCCGAAACUCGAAAGAUGUCACUGUCCACACUACACUAAUGUGGGCAAGAGUCAUAGGUGGCUUUUCUGCUUUGUUAGCCCAGCUCUUUGCCCAGUUUUUCUACAAGGACAAUAAAACAGGACGUAUGACUGAAGAGCAUUUGUACAUCAGUGUAGUGAGUACAGUGUUGUGGACAUUGGGCAAUGUUAUUUACUGCCUUCGUAGCAAGGAUUGGGGAGGUUACAUGGAAACCCAAUCGAAAUUGAAUACAUUUCUACGAAAUGAUUUUGUUAUGACAUUGAUGCUUGGCAUCAUGUUUUUUGCCUUCCCUGUUUGGAUGCUUAGAAUGCAGACUAACAUUUCAAAGCUAAAUGGAGUUCAUGCUCAUCUGUAUCGUGUGUUUGGAUCAGCCUUGAUCAGUUCUGCUAUCAUUUCCGGACGUGCCUCCAAUUUCCUCAUUGACUCUGACAAAAGGAGUCAACUUUAUGCACGACUUUAUAUCAAUAUUGCUUUAAUUAUCCUCUUUGCGGUGUCCUAUCUGUCCAGCAAACAUCUUCAGUGGUCUGCCCAAAACACACCUUUUGUACUGGGUGGUGUUGCAAUGUGGACACUGAAUGCUUUGUUUGGUUGUUAUUCUUCUUCCUACCAUCGAACAUGA